UUUUCAACAAAAACAAAGAUGGCGACCCAUAGUUACGGAAGUUGUAUAGUAAAUUGGGUUCAGCUGCAACUAAUAUUUUAGGCCUAUUCUCUUAGAAAUGUUUAUCGAUUGCAACGACAUCAUGUGCAGAUGGGGAAACAUAAAAAGAUAAAACAUGAACAGAACCAGUUUUUCCCGAAGAUAAGCAACGCAAGCAGAAAACUAGCUGCGAGAAGAUUGGAAAGCUUAGAUACGGGAGGGGUGCCACAUUUUAUGUUACACACAAAAACAAGUGGUAGAGAACCGCUUGCCCCAAUCCCUACAAAUAAAUCAUUAAGUCUUGAUAACAGCAAAGGCGAAUCUGUGACUGCUAUUGAUUCAGUGAUCCAGCGUCCAGCCGUGCAACAAUCAUCAAAUCAAAGAGAUAAAAUAUUCAAGGACAAAACUGAUUCAAUUUCAAAUCCUGAUUCUAACACUAUGUCUGGGAAAGCAGAUGUUAAUUUAGAUGAUAAUGUGUUCACCUUUAAGCCUAAAGUCAGCAUCGCUAGUGCCAAAAUUGUAGAAAAUCUUGGCACCGAUUUUAUGGCUAGACAGCAGCAACACUUAGAAAGACAAAGACGUAAUUUGGAACAAGCAAACUCUAUACCAACAUCACAUUCAACUGGUCGUCUAUCUCCAGUAAACAAAUCACUAAGGAAUUCGAAGCUAAAGAAGAAUAAAGAGAAUGAAGAAAAUGAAAAUUUGAAUUCUACAUCAGAAACAAGUAUAGACAAUGAAAACACAGAAAAAGUAAAAGAUGAAGAAUCUGAAGGUGACAACAACAUGCCUUUCAUGUUGAAUCGUACUAAAACCACUGUUUCUCCUAACCUUCAACGUUUACUAAAUGCAAGUUGUAUAAAUAUUGGUCCCUAUGCCGCUGGUAAUCCAGAUAUGGUUCUGAAAAGACAACAUAUAAAAUUAAAAAAUCAUCAACUGAAGUCAAAGUCUGGCGGAGACAGUGUGGAUGUUGAUUCUGCAGACCUUGAUGCAGAUGUACAGGGUUCUUUGUCAAGAAGUAAGACCAUGCCAUCACUUAGUCGGCCAAAACUCUCUAAAAAACUGUCCCAUUCACAUGUGGAUGGUAAUGCAGAACGUCUUCGCCAUGCAAAAGAAGUAGCCGAAAGGGCAAUAAAGAAUCGUAAAGUAUUCACAAUACAAGGAGGUUAUUCUACUGUAAGACAUAGUCUGAGAAAGAGAGGAUGGGUAGAAAAGUUUUAUAAACUCCCAGGCCCACCUAAAAAGACUCCUCGAAAGAAACGGAAAAAAGGGGGAGACGAUGAUGAUGAUGACGACGAUGAUGAUGAUGACGAUGAUGAUGAUGAUGACGACGAUGAUGAUGACAGUGAUAAUGAUCAGCCAAAAAUUCCUCCAUGGGAAGAAGAUGAUGGUAUCUAUGGUAUAAUGUCUCGUAUUGUACGGAAUGUAAACCCUACCUUUAUAUGGGUGUUAAAGAGAGACAUAAUUGACUACAGAUUUCUGACAAAGGAACAGAUGGUGAAUCAUUAUUGCAAAGCUGGCUCAUUCACUACUAAGGUUGGUUUAUGUGUAAACAUGAGAAAUGUUCCAUGGUUUGAAGAUGCUAAUCCAGACCAUUUUUAUCCACGUUGUUAUAGACUUAGUCAUGAAGAAGAAAAAAAUGCAUUUAUAGAUGACUUCAGAGAAACUGCCUGUGUAAAUAUACUAAAGAUAAUAUCUAGUCAAAAUAGUUUGAAUUCUUUAGAAGAAGUUAAUAAUAAUGAACAAAAUUCUUCAGAAGAAAAGGAUCCCCCACAAACCCCAAAAUCUACUGAUACUGCCACAGAAACAAAGGAACCAGCUAGCACAGUAUGUAGUAAUCCAGAAUGUACCAGAUCUCGACCUGGUACCACUUCAGAGAAUGUCUGUGUACAUGUACAACCUCAAACUCCUGUAGAUAAACCUAAAACUCCAGCAGUGCCAAGAAUGCCUCCACAACCACCAUUACCUAAAAUACAGAAUAAAAAUAAUAAUAAGAAAAAGAAGAUUUCAGUGCCAAUUCAAUGUCUAGAACGUGCCAUGGUUCAAUGUGAAUGGUUGUUAAUAGAACGAGAGCAUGAUGAUAUAGAUCUCUCAGGAACUUUUAAAUAUGAACUAACCCAACAGCAGUGGGAUGAACUCCUAAAGUGGUACUAUCAACUUGUUGAUGAAGCAGUUAUUCCCAACAUCCCACAGAGUAUGCUCAAUGAAGUGGAUCAAAUGUUGAACCAAAUCAAAACUAAGAAACCCCAGUUUGAACUUGAUGGAAUUAAGAAUGUAUGGAUUGUAAAACCUGGUGCUAAAUCAAGAGGCAGAGGUAUUGUUUGUUACAACAAAUUAGAAGAAAUGACAAAGUUAGUCAGUAGUCAAGUUGUGAGAAAAGACAAUAAAUAUGUAGUACAGAAAUAUAUGGAGCGACCAUUAUUGAUAUACAAUACAAAAUUUGACAUUCGUCAGUGGUUUUUAGUGACAGAUUGGAAUCCAUUAACAAUCUGGUUUUAUCAGGAUAGUUAUUUACGAUUCUGUUCACAACAAUAUACAUUAGACACUUUUGAUGAAGCUAUACAUCUAUCUAAUAAUGCAAUACAAAAAAAUUAUAAAAAUGGACCAAGAAGUAGUAAACUGCCGAAUGAUAAUAUGUGGACACAUGACCAGUUUAAAGAUUAUAUAAAGUCAAGAAAACUAGGCAAUCUAUGGGAUGAUGUGAUAUAUCCAGGAAUGAAGAAUGCUAUUGUUUGUGCUCUGUUGUGUACUCAAGAUAUUAUAGAAUAUAGAAAGUCCUCAUUUGAAUUGUAUGGUGCUGAUUUUAUGCUGACAGAAGAUUACAAGCCCUGGUUGAUAGAGAUAAAUUCUAGUCCAAGUAUGGAAAGCAGUACAGCCAUUACAUCAAGACUCUGUGCUAGUGUAAUGGAGGACACGAUGAAAGUUGUGAUUGAUAGAAAGUUUGACAGGAAUUGUGAUAUUGGGAGAUUUGAGUUGGCUUAUAAACAGCCCCUGGUAACAGUGCCCCCAUACAUAGGGAUGAGUCUGGCAGCAGAGGGACAAGCCAUUAAGAAACCAAGCUUUAUACGGCGAAGCAUACAGGACAGUAACCAUGGUAAUAAUGACUCUUCGUCCAGCAAUGCCAACUGUACUCCACGUAGACAGCCAUCCAAUGCUGUGACGUUUAGUAGACGUCCCCAGAGUGAAAUUUUGGACCAGAGUAGUAAUAAGCAUGGGUCCAACUCUGCUCCUGUCAAACUUGGUAAGUCAGCAACUGAUAGUCGUGUCAGUCAGUCUAAACAAUCAUCACAACAACAGUCUAAAACUAUUAUCAACAACACAGAAAAACCUUCCAGACCAGAGAAGUCAUCCAGUUAUACAAUACGUUCCAGUAGCCACUCAGAUGUUGUCAGUGUCAAGGCCAAAGAACAGAAUAUACCUCCAUCCCCACCUGUGCCAAAACUGGAGAAGUCUGCGGCUAUUCCAACUGCUAGUAUCAUGCAUUAUACUCCAACCAAAAUGGUUUCGAAUACAUCUUGUUCAACGAAUUACUCCAUUCCAAACUUAGGUGAUAAUAGACCAAACCUUACUGUAAACAACGUCGAGUCCACAGACUUAAAGACAAUCAAACCAGCAUUAUCCUCAAGUACCAUCGCAUCUAAAGGUUUAAAUCCCUUCAUCGAUGGUAGCUGGGCUAGGACAUGUUCUCAAUGUGGAGGUGGAAUGAAUUUACGUCUAGAAAACUAUGAUCCUAAUUGUAAAUGUCGGCAAGACAGUGUGUAUUUUCCGUCUUCAAAAUCUUCUACUGGUAGUGUAAGAGGCUUUCAUCCAAAGAGACCAAAAAGUAGCUACACUUCACGUCCAGCUAGUGGUUUAUCAGUUAGCGGGCACGGGUCUGCUUCUAAUCUUGCUAUUACCUCUGCUCGUAAUGAUAAGACCUUGUUGCGGUAUACAGAUGGAGGAAUUCAGAGACCUAAUUCACCACAGUUAUAUGUUGGUGGUAGUCCACUUCCAAAAAUUGUACGACGAUAUAUUGGUCGUCGAGCUAUGCCUUGUCAUGAACUAUCUUCUGGGUACCCUUCAACUUCAUCUAUAUACAUUGACACAUCUCAGAUUCGUAAUCCAUUAUCCAUUAUAUCACACGGUAUAGGUUACAGAUGAUACAGGAAACCAGUAUGAAUGGUCCCCCUUUACAUGAACUGAAGGUUCAACUGUGAACCAAUAAUAAGUAUGAACUGCACUUGUUUUGAAAUAAAGGUUCACAAGUUAAUUGUGUUUUUUUCUGAUGUGAUAAGUCAUUGCUAGUCACAUAUUUUUUUCUCAUUCAAGUUUUUUAUAAGAUGUAAUAAGAACAGCAGAACAAAGGUUUGUGUAUAUUAUUUAAGCAAUUUCACUUUUAAAAAGUGUGUUUUUUCCCUUCUUUUAUAAAGGAAAGUUUUGUACUGAUCAAAUGAACUUUUAGAACUGUUUUAACAAGUUUUGGUUCUUCCGUAGGAGUAACACUAUAGGUCAGAGGUAUAUACAUUUUAUAACUGCUUGAUCCCAACAAUCAUGUUUCUGUUACUAUAAGAUCAAUGUUUGAAACAAGUAAGGGAUUUUUGUAUUCAAUUUUGUAAUAUCUUUGUAUGGCAUUGAAGAUUUGAAAUAUAAUUUUGUAAUGGUAUACAUAGAUUUCUAGUGAGGAGAUGAAUUAUUUCUAUUUUUGUCAUUUACUAACUGUGAUUUGAGUUACCUCAGGCUAAGAUGAUCUCAGAAAACUGUAUUGUGCCAAGUAAUGAAAUUGAGAUCCAUUUUGCUUUCCAUUUAUUCUGAAUGAAUCUCCCCUUUUAAUGUUUUCUGACUCUAAGAAGAGAUGAAUUAAGGGUGUUUGAAAUAUAAGCAAAAAACAGGCAAUUGUAAAUUUAUAAAAAAAAAAUAGAUAUAAAAUCAUAGAUCUGUCCUUUCAAAACCUUUGAAGAAAGUAUAAUGUCUAUGUUUUUUGUUUAGACCAAUUAAAAAGUGUUUUAUUAAAUUUCAUAUUUCAGAUGUAUUGGAAUAUAUUGUAAGGAUAAAAGGUGUACUAUUUUCCAUAUCUGUUUCUUGGCCAUAUCUGCAUUUAUUAUUUAAAGGGUCAAAAACAUUGUUUGAAAAAAGAACAAAAUAUGGAAAGGACAUGACUCAUAUAUCAAUAUGUUAGUGCCAAACAUUUUUUCCUGCUCAUUGUUUUAUUUGUUAUAGAGAUUCCUUUUGAUAUGUAAAUCUAUACACUAUAACUAAUACAUAUAUCUAUUGUUGUUGAAAACCGUAGCAUCACCUCUAGAUGUCUCUUUAUUUACUGUGUUGUUGGGCUGCUGUCUCUUUGACAUAUUCAAUGUUCGAUAUGUUUCAACAUGCUAAAUAAUUAUGUAGGAGUUUUUCAGGAUGCAUGCAAUUUUAUAUUCAAAUUUGGGCACUACAGCUAAUGAAGACCAUCAGGUCAAAAGGGGAUGUUACUUCCUAAAUGUACUUAUUCUCAAAAAAAUCAUUUGCCAGUAGGAUAAUGAAACUAAAAAAAUGUAAAUUCAGUGACAGUACCCAAAAAUGGAAAUUGUAUCACAAAUUAGAGCCCAGUAUCACUUUAAAACAAAUUUCAUUUGACAUUAAUUUCUUUGUGUCAGGAUAUUUUGGAGGUUUGUCACAUCAGGCCCUCACAAAUAAAGCUUGACAGGUAUAUUUUACGAAGAUCAGAUCAAUGUUAAAUCUUCAAAACAUUUUAGUUAGGAAAGUAAAUUUUCGCCUCAGCUGUUUAUUGUUUUUUUUUGUUCUUGGACCUUUAUCCAGAAAUGUGUAAGGCAUUUACUUUUGAUUUUAAACAACACAUAUUCUGUCAGUCUUGAAGGUGCCUGAUUCAUUUGUGUCUUUAUUUUAUUUUACAAGUAUUAUUUUUGAAUUACAAGCUACCUGCUAUUAAAGAGCAUAUAGCCAUUUAAUGUAAUGUUUUAUGCUUCAUUGAUAAAGUAUAUGCCAAUGUUUGUUAUGAAAAUUAUUCAAACUUGGUAUUUGGUGUAGGAUCAUGUUUACUAAAUUGAUCACUGCGACCUAUAUUUCAUACAUCACUGACUUUUAUAGAAAAAUAUUUUUAAUGUCAAAAUGUUUGGAUAUGACAAUGGUUUUCUUGUUAUUGUGGCAUUGUAAUUUUAUUUAUUGCUUAUUUGUUAUAUGCCUUGUUCAGUUUUAUAAUCACUGUGUGAUUUUGUUAUAUGUUUUUGCUGUCUGCAUUCCUAUUUUUUUAUGAGAUGGGAGAUACUUCCCAUUUGUUGAGGAGUUGUGGUAAAAAGAAUAAAGAAGAUACCAACAAAUCAGGGUAUUCACCGUACAUAGUUUUUAUGGAGAAAAUAGUAUUUUAGGCUUGUGAAUGAAAAUUUAUCCCCAAAAGCCCACAGAAGAUUAAGUAAGUUUGUGAAUAAUUAAAAAAAAAAGUUAAAAUAUAGCAGAAAAAUCUGUGCUAAGAUGGGAGAUAACUCUCUUGAAUCUGUGAAGCCGGAACACAUAUAUUCCAAGUAAAAGAUAGGGUAAUCAAGUAUUGAGCCAAUUGGGGGAAACAAGGAGUUUACUAAAAUUUUAUUCUUUAAGGGCAAAUUGCUCACAGAUAAUAAAAACUAUAUUCCAAUACUGUUAUUUAAGCUCUUUUGUGGUUUUUGUCGUAACAACUGGCGAAAUAUUAAAAAAAAAACA